AUGCUUCCCCAUCGCCCCGUCAAAAAGGAAGACGACCUGCAUGAGAUUAGCGAGAUAUUGGUAAGAAAAGAUACAGUUCAGAUACUUUACAUGGACACACACUUGAACCUAUUUCAAGGCCGCUGUGUGUGUUUGGGCUCGAAACUUCCGGUGAGGAUUGUUGACAGUGGUUACUGCGAAAGCAAGGUGGUGGAUGCUGGACGAGGCCCAGGACCUGGCUCCUAUGCCCCACCCACCAGCUACUUCCCAGUGCCCCCUCCCUACAAAUCCCACGACCCCCCAUCCCCGUACGGUUAUACAGAUCCUGCGUACCCUCCUGGAUAUAACAAUAACAGCGGUCAGAUAAAUACUCGGACGCUACCCCCAGGAACUAUCCACCCACCGCCGUCCAUGCCACCGGCAUGGCAGGCCCCACCCCCCGGGUCCCCUCCGCCGAAUAACAAUCCAUCGAUGCCACAGCCCGACCCCCCUCAAAUGUUUCAACCCAACCCCCCUCCAACGGCACCGUCAUAUGAAGCUCUGACCCCCCACCGGCCUCCCCUCGCCACAGCACCAGGGGCUACAGGUAGUCAACCACCCCCAGCGCACCUCCCACCCAUAAACAAUCUACCGGCGACGGCGCCACCCAACAAGGAAGGACUAUGA